AUGUACAGAGAAAUAUUAAAAGCAACAGGAGUUGAUUAUGGAAGUGUGUACAAACCAAUGCUUCCACCCCACAACUUAGUUCCCGUACAGAAACUUCAUCUGUUGCCUGAGAAGGUGUACUUCAACAGUUUCUUGAACGAGUUAAGAGGCUUGACAAACAUCAAGCAUAGAAACAUUGCGAAACUCCACGGCUUCUGCUCAAGUUCCAAACACACCUUUUUGGUCUACGAGUACCUCAAGCGAGGUAGCUUGGCCAAAAUUUUCAGCAUUGACGAACAAGCUAAGGAACUAGAUUGGGAAAAGAGGGUGAACAUCAUCAAAGGUGUCGCUCAAGCACUAUCUUACAUGCAUCAUGAUUGUUCACCUUCAAUAGUUCAGCAAGAUGUUUCGAGCAACAAUGUUUUGCUUGAUUUAGAAUACGAGGCUCGUGUUUCAGACUUUGGUACUGCUAAAUUUCCUGCAGAAGGGCUCAUGCAAUUGGACUACUCUUGCUGGCAUAUUGGGAUACACUGCAGCAGGGGAAGCACCCCUGGUGAAUUUGUUGCCCAUCUGAUGUCUUCAACAACAACUGGAGACAUAGAAUUGAAAGACUUGUUGGACCAGAGACUUUCGCAUCCCACACAAGAAAUUGAAAAGAUCCUGACAGGUAAUGAUGAUGACAACUUACUGGGCCGUGAUGGGGUUGAAGUCUGA